AUGAUUUUCUAUGAGUUUUCUAUUUUAGUUUCUUGUUCCUAUCUAUCUAUCUAUCUAUCUAUUUAUCUAUCUAUCUCAUUCUCUUUAUAUCUAUCUAAUUCCCUUUCAAUCUAUCUAUCUAUCUGUUUUCAUUCAAUUUUUAUAUCUAUCUAUCUAUCUAUCUAUCUAUCUAUCUAUCUAUCUCAUUCUCCUUAUAUGUAUGUCUGUAUCUAUCUAUCUAUCUAUCUAUCUAUCUAUCUCUCUGUCUAUCUAUCGUUCUGUUUUCAUACAUUUUUCUUUCUUUCUUUCUCUCUUUCUUUCUUUCUAUCUAUCUAUCUAUCUCAUUUUCUAUCUAUCUAUCUAUCUAUCUAUCCUUGUCUGUUCAUAAAUAUCUAUCUAUUCUUGUCUGUUUGUGUCUAUCUAUCUAUCUAUCUAUCUCAUUCUCUUUAUAUGAAUCUUUAUAUGUAUUUAUAUAUCUAUCUGUUUUCAUACAUUUUUCUAUCUAUCUAUCUAUCUAUCUAUCUAUCUCGUUCUCUAUCUAUCUAUCCUUGUCUCUUCAUAAAUAUCUAUCUAUUUUCACACAUUUUUAUCUAUCUAUCUAUCUAUCUAUCUAUCUAUCUAUCUAUCUAUCUGCCCUUGUCUGUUCAUAAAUAUCUAUCUAUCUAUUCUUGUCUGUUCGUAUCUAUCUAUCUAUCUAUCUUUCUAUCUAAUUCUGUUCCUAUCUAUCUAUAUAUUUCAGUCUUAAUUUCCUAUUUAUUUUUUGUAUAUUGUUUGUAUCAAUUUCAACCUAUCUAUCUAUCUAUCUAUCUAUCUAUCUAUCUAUCUUUUUCAAUCUCCCUAUGUCUAUUUCAACUUCUCAGAACAGGGGGCAGUCUUCUCUCUCUCUCCUCCAAAAUUCUCCAGCAAAUCUCUCAACUCACUGCGACGAUAGUCUCGUGA